AUCCUUAUGCAUUUGAAAUUCAACUUUAUUUUGAAACAGUGAUUCACUACAAUCAGAACAACAAUGUCUUGUUCAAUGUUUCUGAGGUAUGUUCGUGUUUCUCUUUUCAUUCCUAAGUUCAGUCCUUUCCAAUUUCCAAACCCUACUUUUCUUCAUUCUUUUUUCUACUCAUCCUCAACUCAAUUUGAUGAUAUAGAUGCCAUUUCUUUGUUCAAUCACUUACUCCAUAAGAAUCCAACCCCACCCACCAUUGAAUUUGGAAGGAUUUUAGGUUCCAUUGUCAAGGCUAAGCAUUUCCACACUGCUAUUUCAUUUACUCAACAAAUGGAAUUUAGGAAUAUUAAACCUGACUUUGUAACUUCCAACCUCUUGAUCAAUUGUUUCUGUCAAUUGGGUCAUAUCAAUUUUGCUUUUUCUGUAUUGACCCGGAUUCUCAAGAGGGGUUUUAACCCGGAUGCCAUAACUUUGACCACACUCAUCAAGGGUUAUUGCCUCAAAGGUGAGAUCCAUAAAGCUUUGCACUUUCACGACAAGGUGGUAGCGCAGGGGUUCCAGUUGAACCAAGUUAGUUAUGGGACCUUAAUCAACGGGUUAUGUAAAGUAGGAGAAACAAGUGCAGCCUUGCAGUUGCUGAGACGAGUUGAUGGGAAACUGGUUCGACCUAAUGUGGUAAUGUACACUGCAAUUAUUGACAGUAUGUGCAAAGAUAAACUUGUUGAUGAUGCUUUUCAUUUAUAUUCUGAAAUGGUCGCUAAGAGAAUUUAUCCCAAUGUUUUUACUUACAAUGCUUUGAUUAAUGGCUUUUGCAUUGUUGGUAAAUUGAAAGAAGCAAUUGAUUUGUUUAAUACAAUGAUAUUGGAAAACAUCAACCCUGAUGUGUAUACCUUCAAUAUAUUGGUUGAUGCAUUUUGUAAGGAAGGAAAAGUGAAAGAAGCUAAUAAUGUGUUUGCUAUGAUGAUCAGAAAAGGUGUUAAACCUGAUGUUGUUAUUUAUAACUCUUUAAUGGAUGGAUAUUGCUUAGUUAAAGAAAUGAAAAAGGCCAACGGUAUAUUCAAUAUCAUGGCCCAAAGUGGAGUGACUCCUGAAGUUUGGAGCUAUAGUAUUAUGAUUAAUGGAUUUUGUAAAGUUAAAAUGGUGGAUGAAGCCUUAAAUCUCUUCAAAGAAAUGCAUUGUAGAAACAUUAUUCCUGAUGUGGUAACUUACAAUUCCCUUAUUGAUGGUUUGGGCAAAUCAGGGAGAAUCUCACAUGCUUUGAAGCUUGUCGAUGAGAUGCAUGAUAGAGGUCUACCACCUGAUAUAUUUACUUACAAUUCUAUAUUGGAUGCUUUAUGCAAAAACCAUCAUGUUGAAAAGGCUAUUGCAUUAUUAACAAAUGUUAAGGAUGAGGGCAUUCAACCAAAUAUGUACACGUAUACUAUUCUUAUUCACGGAUUGUGUAAAGUUGGAAGAGUAGAGGACGCGAGAAAUGUUUUUGAAGAUCUUUCAGUCAAAGGCUACAAUCUACAUGUUUAUACAUAUAAUGUUAUGGUCCAAGGGUUUUGCGACAAGGGCUUGUUUGAUGAAGCGUUGGCCUUGCUAUCAAAAAUGAAAGACAAUAGUUGCAUUCCAGACGCUGUAACUUAUGAAAUAAUUAUCCAUUCUCUGUUUCGUAAAGGUGAAAAUGAUAAAGCAGAGAAAUUUCUACGUGAAAUGAUCGCAAGAGGUCUACUGUAAGAUUGAAACUAGGGAACACAGCUUAUUGAUUAGCUCUUGAAUACUUGUAGGAAGCAUGAGUCUAGGAACACAGCUUAUUGAUUAGAUCUGGCUACAACAACUUUGAUAGCUUUUAUAUCAGGAAUUAGUAAUGUUGUAACAGAGAACCUUUUGGCUACUCUGGAAAGUGAAUUGGGACUGGGGGUUUAAGUGAAACUUCGACUUUGUGUUUUCGACCUUUUGCAUGGUAACUGACUAACUGUAUUGAUCACUUGUCCUUUAUAUGAAUUAGUUUACUGACCCAAAAUUAUAUGGUGUUUUGGUUAACUGUGU